UACACGGCUGUGGGGCCCAGUUACUCCACCUCCGUCCUCAACUGCCUGAAGAGCCUGGACCUGUGGUGCUUCGACGUCUUCGCACUGAACCGGGUGACGGAGGAGCACUCCCUGCGCACCAUCGUCUACGAGCUCUUCACCCGACACAACCUCAACAGCCGCUUCAAGAUCCCCGCCGCCUUCCUGACCAUGCUGCUGGACGCGCUGGAGACCGGCUACGGGAAAUACCGCAACCCCUACCACAACCAGGUCCACGCUGCCGACGUCACCCAGACCGUGCACUGCUUCCUGCUCCGCACUGGGAUGGUGCACUACCUGACGGAGAUCGAGGUCCUGGCCAUCAUCUUCGCUGCCGCCAUCCAUGACUAUGAGCACACGGGCACCACCAACAGCUUCCACAUCCAGACCAAGUCGGACUGCGCCAUUCUCUACAACGACCGCUCGGUGCUGGAGAACCACCACAUCAGCGCCGUCUUCCGCAUGAUGCAGGACGACGAGAUGAACAUCUUCGUCAACCUCACCAAGGACGAGUUCGCGGAGCUGCGAGCGCUGGUGAUCGAGAUGGUCCUGGCCACCGACAUGUCCUGCCACUUCCAACAAGUCAAGUCCAUGAAGACAUCCCUGCAGCAGCUGGAGAGGAUUGACAAGUCCAAGGUGCUGUCCCUGCUGCUACACGCGGCCGACAUCAGCCACCCCACCAAGCAGUGGACGGUGCACAGCCGCUGGACCAAGGCGCUGAUGGAGGAGUUCUUCAGGCAGGGGGACAAGGAGGCUGAGCUGGGGUUGCCCUUCUCGCCCCUCUGUGACCGCACCUCCACGCUGGUGGCACAGUCCCAGAUUGGCAUCACCAACCAAGCGUCCAUCGAGGAGCUGUCACCCUGCGAGGACCAGCACCCCCCGACCCCCGCCCCGCACAAGCACAACGGGGAUGUGGAAUAG